UGGAGACAGGGAAAUGGACAGAGAUAGGGACAGGGACAGGGACAGGGACACGUCAGGUCUUGGUCAGACCCUGCCUGGUGAUGCUGAUCCUGGUGCCUCCCCUGCUCCAACAAGACAAGCUGGCCAAAUACUGAGCUUUUAUCCUUAAGAAAGCAAUGUAGUUCUUCUUCUCCCAACCCUACGUGGAGGAAAACGGUGUUGGUCUUUGGGAAAGGUGCAAACACUGCCAGUUUUCAUGGUACCCUGAAUAGGAUUCAGGAGGAAAGUAUUUGCAAAGCAGUCGCACAGAGGCGUCCCAUCCAGCCAAUUCUUUCACUAAAUAACUAAAUUUACAGCUAGAGGAAGUGUGAUUUAUCUUUGGUAAUACAUGACAGCCAUCCGGGAAAAGUUGAAAAGUGGCUUAAAUUUAAUCCCUGGCAAUGAAUACAGCUUGUUGCAUGGUUUUUUUGGGGGGGGGUUAAAAUGGUUAUACUGCUUAUUAAGCAGCAAUCCAAAGGAGGCUGUGCAGAUCUGUUCCUCCCUUAGGAAAACCAGGGCUGGGAGCGCCGCAUGUGCGCUUGCGCAGGUAACCUGCCUAGGGGCAGGCGGAUGAUUUCAGGCUGCAUUUCUACCUGCUCUUCCAACCCUUCCAGCUCACGCUUCCCUGCCCUCCCUCUCAGCCCCUGCCCAUUUGGGAGCACAGAUAUAAACCCUCCAGCCAAUAUGUUUCCUGUGGGGGACAGCGAGCUUUGCCUGGAGGGUGCUCAUGGUUCUCACCUCAUCCCGAAGCUGUCCUUAAAGACGGAGCGAGGCCGUUCCCUGCCUGCACCCACAGAGCUCCAGAAGCCGGGCAGGUUGUUCUCCCGACAGUUCACCUCUCCCCAGGGAACACAGGUAAGCACCACUGGGAUGAGCAGUGAGCAAGCGGCUGCUGGGUGCUGCUUCUCUAUUCCCUUCUGCUUCUCCUGCUGCAUGUCUCCAGCAUCCUCUCGCCUCUUCUUCACUCAGUGAGGAGAUGAGAUUUACCCUCCUGGGUCUGCUUCUUUGCUCAGUUGGAGAUGGGAUUUACCCUCCUGGCUCUACUUCUUUUCCUGUGCAACCACUUGUGUUGUUGUAAGGGCAAUGCACGUCACCAGGGAUCAGGAGCUAGUCCCUGCGGUGCACAUGAGCCCAUGGAAACCCAGCAUCACAGAGUCAGAGCACAGCCCAACCCUCCUGCAUCUCCUUUCUGCUGCUUUCAAAGAUGCAGUCUCACCUGCUUGGGGGAACCAGCCUGGAUUAAAGAAAGGGUGUCAUUAACUUGUAAUUGGAAAAGAGCAGUGGAGGUUUAUCCGCAAGUCAGACUGCUUGGCAGAUGCAGGAGGCUGCAGACAGGCUUGUUUGUGGCAGUGUUGUGUUAGCAGGCUUUCUGCCUUUGAAAUUCUUCUUGGGAAGAGAGGCAGAGGAAACUGGUUUCUUCCCAGCCUUGUACACCUACGGCCACUGCUGAGCUCAGCGGUGUUCCUCAGCUGCUGUAAGCAAGGACCCGGUGGCUUCUCCAUAAUAACACAACUAACCAAAGAGCGAUUUUAAGAUAAACUUCCCUUCCCUGUGCUAGACCCAAAGCUGAAAGGGAUUUAAAGUGAACAACGCUGCUUUCCACCCCUUCCUUCCUGUGCCUUGGGCAUGCUCAGUGCCAAAGAGCCACAGCAACCCCAGGAGCUCCGGCAUCCCCAGCACGCAGCCCCAGAGUCUGGAUGGUGUUCCCAAACAUCCAGAGUUGGCACCCAUCUGUGUCAGCCUCCAGGAUAGCUCCAAAGGAUUUGUGAACAAGCAACUUGAUUGGAACAUUGAUUUUUCCAAAGAGGUCUGAGAAAUGAUGUGCACAUGGAGGAUAGCGAAGUUUUCAGCACAGGGAAGAGAAAUGGAGAGGAAAGGUUGGAUUUUGGUUAGAAUCCUGCUUGGAAAUGCAGCUCCUCCUUCACCAGAGGCCAGGCUGAGGAUCAGAGGCGUGAAGCUUGGAUGCCUUUCACUGGGCUGGGUGCGCUCAAAGUGGAAUCACUGCUGGGAAAGGGACACAAUCCCAGGCCUUUGCUCCGUGCCUCAGGACUCUGGGAACACCCCGAGUCUGCACUGGUGCUUGCGCUGAGCUCCAGCCCUGGGGUGAAUGCUGCAAAACGAUGAACAAGGACGGAGCCAAUGAGCAAUAAACCCUGCAGAGCUCCACUCCCAAAAGGUAGCGCACAGCCCAUGAGGUGUGGGGAAGUCCUCUUGGCAGCAAGAUCUGAGUCAUAAAGAAAGUGAAGCAAAGGCAGAAGGCAGGGUGACAAGGGCAGGGCUGGGACAUGGGGCAGCAGUGACCCCCGACGAGGGAUGUUAGUGCCGUAGAUGUGGCUGCGGUGACCAUUCCCAAGCUCGCAGCUCAAGGAUAUUUCCUAGGCCGAUUUGUGACUUCUGAUCGUGGGGAGAGAGAAGGAAAUAUCUGCAAUACAAUGCGUGGUGGGAAGAGGAUGAGUCUUUCAUAGCAGGGUAAGGAUGCUGCGCAACAUGAGAUGGUGCAGGUGUGCAAGGGGACGGUGGGGCCAGUGUGCAGCACACUUCUCCCCGUACCAUUUGCAUGCGGGUGCACGCCUAACCCACUCCUCUCCUUCUGCCCAGGCGGCCCGACGAUGCCGAGCAUAUUCUCCUACCAGAGCUCCGAAAUCGACUGGUGUGAAAACAACUUUGAGCGCUCGCCGAUCAUCGCGGAGUACUACAACACGAUCAGCAACGUAAGCUUCUUCAUCCUUUCAGCUGCCCUGCUCCACCUGAACCAGCAGUACUGCCAGCUGCGCACCGUGCCCAUGUACUUCAUCUCUGGCCUUCUCCUCUGUGUAGGUAUCUUCUCCAUGUACUUCCACAUGACCCUGAGCUACGUGGGACAACUCUUGGAUGAGCUCUCCAUUCUCUGGACACUGGCUGUGGCAUAUUCCUUUUGGUACCCAAAGGCUCACUUCCCCAGGUGCAUCAAAAGCAGGAAGCAUUUCUACUGGUUGGGUGGUGUCACCACCGUGAUCACCACCCUGAUGUCCUUCAUCAAACCAUCCAUCAAUGCCUAUGCACUCAACUGCAUCGCCUUCCACCUGCUGUACCUGACCUGGCGUGAGCUGAAAAAGUGCGAUGACAAACGUGUUCAUCGGAUGGCCACAGUCAUGGUGGUGUGGUGGGUGCUGGCCAUCACCAGCUGGUUAAGUGACAGGUGGCUUUGCUGGCUCUGUCAGGCCAUCAACUUCCCCUAUUUUCACAGCUUCUGGCACGUGCUGAUAGCUGUGUCCCUCCUCUACUGCUUCCCACUGGUCAUGUACUUUGACGUCACCUACGAGAUGCCAGCGUUCAAGCCAAAGCUGGGAUACUGGCCCAGCGACUCCUGGCCCAUCGUGGUGCCUUACAUUGCCCUGGAGGAGCCCCACAAGCAGUGCUAGAGACGGCUGCGUCCCUUGGGCAUGGGGUAUGUGAUGCACACACAUGCAUCUGCAUGGGGAACACCUCGGCUGUGCACCUGCUCCCGGGACAAGGGCAAUGUGGCUGGUGGAUGGGGCAGGGAGCAGCUGAGGCCUUGUGGUGCAUGAAGGAGGGUGGGAGCCCACAGACUUGGGAGACUGCCCGAGCCAAUGCCAGGGAGAUGAAGGUCUCCUCCUCCAGCUGAUGCUCACUGAGAAGGGGAGAGGACAGUGCUGCUUCUGUGUCCUCUGUAUUAGUCAGGCUGUGGCACCUUUUGCUGACAAGGACACAGCCGAGAAGACAGAAGCCAAGCUGGUGACAGAUGGGUUUGUUGGGGCUGCUCUCAUUAUUAUUAUUAUUAUUAUUAUUAUUACUAUU